AUUAUCGAUUACUCGCGAAAUCAGCGAAAUGACAAGUUAAGAAGUUUAUUCCUUCAUGAAUAUGACGCAAUGCCAUUCUUGAAACCACAGAGAGCCACGUGGUGCGAACGGCGAAUAGAAGCUUGCAAACGAAAUGGCUGGCGACACGCUAUAUACUUGCCCGAGACGAAACGUAUAGCUAAAGCGCAUUACAAGGGUGAAUGGAGAAACGAUAAGAGAGAGGGCAAAGGCAUAGGAGUCAGCAGUUACGGCUGGAUAUACGAAGGCGACUGGUAUAACGACCAGAGACACGGUUACGGCGUCCUCAGUAAAAUUAUGCAAGACGGCGACGUGCGCAAGGUGUACGCCGGUAACUGGACGAAGGGAAGGAAGCACGGAUUCGGAAGUAAUUGGUACAAGGACGGCAGCUACUAUGAAGGCGCAUUUCGAGAUAACAAGCGAGAUGGUUAUGGCCGGGUUUGGUACAAGUGCGGCAGCGGAUAUUACCAGGGCAUGUGGUUGAACGAUCGUUACCAUGGAGAAGGGAUACUCGUUCAAGAAAACGGUAAUCUUUACGAGGGUCACUUUACAAAUGGCAAGAAGGAAGGUCGAGGUGUUUUCUACCAUUUAGAGAGACGUCAAAUACAGGAAGGUUGUUGGGAGAAUGACGUCUGCGUGAACAGCACGAUAGAAGACAUCCGACAGCCAGCUUUAUAUCCGAUAUUGCACAUUCCGAGGAUAAACAGUCAAGCAGCGAUAUACUAAGUGCAUUGCGUCACGUUUCGUUUACGUCUUUUCUCAGAUCAAUUUGGACAUAAUGGUUUCACGUUUCAAUGGCCUUUCUCGCGUUCACGGCAAAUGGAAAAUAUAAUGCGUGCAUAUGAUUUCUACGUACAAUUUUUUUAUUUUGGUAAAGAGAAUUAAUAAAGAGAAUUCAUUUUUAAUUUUUAUUUUGGCAAUCAGCGCAUUUCACGCGCCAAAAUGAUAAAUACAAAUAAUAAUCGAAUAUAUAUAUGAUGUCCCACUCAACGUAUCUCUUUCAUCUUUGCAGGGUAAGCACAAAUCUCCAAACCAUACUUUUGUAUGAACAUAUUUUUUAUUCGAUCUUAUCCUACAAAGAUGGUGGCACAUAUGGCUUUAGGCCCAGGUUAGUGGAAUCGCGAUCUGAAGAUCCGGAUUCAAUUCCAUACGUGCUCCAUAUACACAUUUUUCGCGUCUGGAUAUCACCGUUUCAUCUAAUUGCUGAUUAAGGAGUAAUAUUGCCCCAUCUGAUGUGGAUAAUCUGCUUAAGCAGGAAUAAUUAACAACUUGAAAAAGAUUUAAAACGGCCGUGGCGUUCUGAUGAGUUUCAUCUCGAAGCUUUACUACUUUAAGCUGAUUCGAGAUAAAAUUUGUGAUAUAUUACUAAGUGUGUCCCUCAGAAGGAUAAAUAUUACUAUCAUCGCAUGAUACUAUGGCCCUAUAUAG